GUGGGCGUGACUCGCGACUUUAGCCCCCUCCCUCUUGUCUCCUCGUCAGUGUGGGCGGGCCCCAGUCAGGAGAGAGCGAGCGAAACACUACACCCCCGAGGAACCGAGCGAGGUGCGGGGGGGGGAGGAGAGCAGCGCUGAGUGGUGUGAGUGGAGCUCUAAAAAGUCUGCGAAGAAACACAGGUUUGCCUUCUAACCUUCGUUUCUGACACAUAAGUAGCAGAGCUUUUGAAGCCGGGACUGUGCGAAAGAUGCGGCCGGGACGGAGUAAGCAGCUACCGGACAGUUAGCCAAACUACUUGAAGAAGAGGACGCGGAGUGAAAGGCUUUUCGGCUGCCUCGAAUCGGGACGGUUGGUUGUUUCCCCGAAGCGAGUUGAGCAGAUUCAAACGCUCCCAGUUUACUACGGGACCAGCAGCGAGGACUCACGGCGACAUAUUUUUGGGGCUUUUUUUUUUUGUGUGUGUUUAAAGAGCCGGAGGAAACGGACGGAGAAAGAGCGGGGCGGCUGUAGCGAAGACACAGCCGCCGAGCGGUAGCUCCCAAAAGAAAAAAAAAAAAAAAAGUUUGCAGUGUGUCUUUACCAAGUUUUUCCCAGACUGGAAACCGCAGCGGGAAGAAGAGGCUAGAGAGACUGACUUUUCCUUCCACAAAAAAAACAAACAACUUUGUGGAGUUCCUCAAGUUUAGGUUUCCAGUUCAGUUGAGGCAGAAUGAAAACACCUGGAGAUACUGGGUUCGCCUUUCCAGAAUGGGCCUACAAGCCAGAGUCAAGUCCAGGGUCCAGGCAGAUCCAGCUGUGGCACUUCAUCCUGGAGCUGCUCAGGAAAGAGGAAUAUCAUGAUGUCAUCGCAUGGCAAGGGGACUACGGCGAGUUUGUCAUCAAGGAUCCCGAUGAAGUGGCCCGGCUCUGGGGGGCCCGGAAGUGCAAACCCCAGAUGAACUACGACAAGCUGAGCAGGGCACUGAGAUACUACUACAACAAGAGGAUCCUUCAUAAGACGAAAGGCAAGAGGUUCACCUAUAAGUUCAACUUCAACAAACUGGUUUUGGUCAACUACCCGUUUAUCGAUAUGGGUUCCACUGGAAGCAGCGUACCUCAGAGCGCUCCCCCUGUCCCCACCGGGGCAGGCACCCAUUUCCGCUUCCCUCCCUCGACCCCGUCCGAGGUCCUGUCCCCCAACGAGGACCUGCGCAGUCCCGGGGGCAUGUUCAGCACUGUAGCGCGACGGAUGGCCCGUGGCUCUGUCAGUGACUGCAGCGAUGGGACCUCAGUCAAUUCAGAGAUCGAGGAGGGGAAUGGGGGAACGGGAGAGGAAAGGGGGGAGCGGGGUGUGAGCGGAGGAGGUGGCCCGGGCGGUGGAGGGAGCUAUCGGAGUAUCAUCCAUCCCCGUCUAUCUCAUGAGGCCCUGUUCCGUAUGUAUGGAGGACCAGGUAACCCUGCAGCCCACCCAGGUUCCCGUGGUCCAACGGGACACCGUAUCCACCAGGAGCCCCUGUCUCCCUUUCCCGUGUCCCCUCUACCAGGACCCCCAGGAGCAAGCCUCUUGGCCCCUCCUCUGUCUCCAGCACUAUCCAUGACCCCAACAUCUCACCUUCCUUACACUCCCUCACCCACGCUUUCUCCCAUGCUGGGCUCCCACUUCUCAUUCAACCCAGAGGACAUGAAGCGGUACCUGCAGGCCCACACCCAGUCGGUGUACAACUACGGCCUCAGCCCCCGGGCCUUCCUCCAGUACCCCAACAUCGUCAUCCCUCAGCCCCACCGGCCCGCCGCAGACAAAGCCAGCAUGACAGCAGAGAGGGCAGCCGCCGACAGGGCAGAGAGAGCCGGAGGUGGAGAGAGGGCUGGAGACCGGCACCAUCAUCCAUCUCUUGCUCACUCUGCCCACCACCACCCACACCCUCCUCAUUCUGCCCACGCCCACCCCCAUUCCCAUCCUAUGCAUCACCCACUCCACCUGGGAGAGGAGCCCCCUCACAUGUCUCCCUUCAAGUUCAAGCUGCAGCCACCUCCAUUGGGAAGGAGGCAAAAAGAUGGACAAAGCCAGAGCAAACCCAGGCAGAGCUCGCUGUCCUCGGGCUCCGGGUCCGGGUCCAUGUCCUCUACCUCCGGACUGGGGUCCUCACUGUCAUUUGGCAGCGACCUGAGCUCGGCCAGCGGCUCGGGCAUCAUUUCUGCUUCCUCCUCAACUCAGUCCUUGAACAGUGCUGGACUCCCAAAGAUAAAGGUGGAGCCGAUCUCUGAUAUAGAGUCAGAAGAAGAGGUGGAGGUGACAGACAUCAGCGAUGAAGACCCGGAUGAGAGAGAUAACGAGUCUGAGUUCUUCUCCUCUCGACAUUCCAGAGUUUCUAACCACCACCACAAUCACCGCCUGUCCAACGGCACAGCAACCGCCCAGCAUCAGUCGCAGGACGAAGACCUGGAUGAGGAUGUCUUCAAAGCCCCCGCUCCUCCUCCUCCUGGUCUGAUGCCGUUUUUCACCGCACAUCACGCACACUCGGGGGCACACCGCGGGCUGACCGCCCUCAAGAGUGAACCUGUGGAACCGGGCGAGAGCAACACCACCCAAUCCCAGACGGCUUCGGCUGGAGCCACGCAGGGCAAGUGCAUCCCUCUGAAGCUGCGGUUCAAGAGGCGCUGGAGCGAAGAUCAGCGCAUGGAAGCCUCGCAAGAAGAGUCGGAUGACAAAAAGGUCCGACCAGAGGAGGAGAGGGAUAAAGAGAGGCAAACUAAUGGAUGUGUGGAAAUGGAGGAGGACGGGGCAGGCAGCGGGGAAGGAGACAGAGACAGUCCUCCUCCAUUAGCUUAUGAGGGCUCUUUAACAACCCCUCUGGCUUCACACAGGAGAGUGAGCGCCGAGCUGCACCGUGCUACAGCUCAGCUGUCCCUGGAGAAUAAAGACUGCUGAGCUGAGGAGCUCAGCCCAAACACUACUGCUCCAGCAGUACAGGAGUUUGUAAAUGGUUCCUCUGUAAUCCCACUCCCACACUGACAACCCAGAUGACCCGAGAGCAGAGUCUAACACACACGCUCUUAAAACUGACACACCGAGGACAGCCAGAUUCCUGUUGUUUUAGAGCCACUAUCAAUCCUGCACCAGGGCUCCUGUGGGACUCACUUACUGUAAAAACCAGCUCCCACCUGCCUGGUGAAGCUCCAGCAGCACAGCUUCCUUCUUCAGGCCCCCUCAUCAGCAGGAUCAGCAGCAGCCAGACAACUCUUUUCCUCAGGAAAAACAAUCCCUCACAGCCCUGCAACUCGCCCAGGACGAUCCAAUGGGUCGUUUCCUACAAGCCGACGGGACUUCUAAGUGCCUGCAUCAAACCCCGAGAGACACGGAGGGCGGGACGGUGGAGGGAUGCUACAAGGAAACAUCAUGUAUUUGUAGGACAAAAAAAGAACGUGUGUUUAAGACUGCUGAGUGGGGCUGUAGGUUUUUUGUCUGGCCCUGUCCGCUCAGGGAAGCCUUUUGCUGUAUCUUUAUUGGAUCCAUGCACACAAAGACACACACUCAAGCAGCUAACAGCGAACGGGGCUUGAGGGACGGUAACAAGCCCGGUUAAACUCCCAAACCAAGCAAAGACUUUGACUUUCCCCAAAAGUUUGACUUUAAUAUCACCCUUUCUCUGAUUUUCUCCUGUUCUGUUCUCUUGCGGACCACUUGUUGAAACAUCAUGACUCUCUCCUCACAGAAAUAUCCUGAACCCCAGGAUGAUGCGAGGAGCACAAAGAAGGAUGAAGACAAGCUCACCAGUCUCUUCUUCUCCAGCUGAAGGUCAUCUCAGCUGUAUCGUAGUUUACCGGCUCGAGCUCGUCUAACAAGCGUAGUGUUAAACUAAACCAGCAAAGACACACACACACACACACACACACAGCACUGCCGUCUCCGCUCUCCUCUCUCUCUGAACACACACAGACAUGUAUGCAGACACACACUGCCGCUGUUCGCCUUCUUUUUAAAGCAUGUAAAAUAGUUCAAACACGCAGAAUAUAUCUUUAUACAGAUGGAGAUGAUUAAACAAGAGUCUAAAAGAAGCACAGCAUUUUAAUGAUGUAACGCGGUCAGAAGUUGGGUUUCUUUGAUACGCGGAUCAUUUUCAGAUGGUAUUGUUAUGGGGGGCAGCAGAACGAAGAGGAGUGGAGGGGGGUUUCUUGUAUAUUUGUUUCAUAUAUGAACACAGAGCUCAGGCCAGUGCAGCAGAAGAAGAAGGAGAAAACCAGCAGACUGCUAAUGAUUCCGACAGUUUGGUUGGAUCUGCUGUUCUCUUGGUUUUACGGUAGUCUGCCCUUUCAGCGUGCAGCGCUCUGGAUUUUUUGUUUUUUUCCUGUCUGCAGUCUCGCUCUGCUCAGCGGGGUUCUCCCUGGAUGGAGCUGUCCUGGCUGCAGGCUACCUCUCAAGGCUUCCUCUGCCUGUGCGUGUGUGUGUGUGUGUGUGUGUGUGUGUGUGUGUGUGUGUGUGUGCGCACGCUCUCAGAGUCAGCUCAUGGGUUAUUAACGAAGCAGUAAUCCUGCAUUGUUCAUAUAGUCCAGUUGAUAUUAAUGCUUCAAAGUUCAGCACAGUUGAGAAGAAGGGGUUAAUCAUUCUACUGAGAGGAGACCCCGACCAGAGCUGCCCCUCUCCUUUUGAUCUAUGCACUUUCACACACACACACACACACACACACACAAAUAAGCAUGUUUUUGUAUACCAGGGAAUUUUGAGUUACUGUUCCUUAAAAAACGUUUUCAUCCUCUUUGAACUAUUUUUAGUCACAAGGCAGCCACAAACUUAAUCGUAUUUUAUCUAAUGGACCGCAUGGAUUUAAAGUUUUUAAUCUGAAAAGUGUGGUGUGCGUUUGUAGCCGGCCCGGCCCAGUCACCGGUCUGAAGAACCAGCCCGCUGAAAGCAUUCUGGGAUACGUCUUUACCAGCUUUGUGUCUACAGACUGAAUUUUUGGUGCAUUCUUCCUUGCAAAAAAGCUCAAGCUCAGAUUGAAACGAUAGCCUCUGAGAACACAAAUGAUUAAGUCCUGCAACAGAUAUUUAGUUGGAUUUAGGUCUGGACUUUGACUUGACCGUUCUAACAUGAAUAUGUUUUGAUCUGAACCAUUCCAUUGUAGCUCCGGCUGUUUGCUUGGGGUUAUUUCCUUGCUGGCAGAAGAACAUCUUCCCCAGUCUUAAGUCUUGUGCAGUCUCCCUGCUGAAGAAAAGCAUUCCCACAGGAUGACACUACCACCACCAUGUUUGGCCAUGGUGAUGGUGUGUUCAGGGCGAUGUGCUGAGUUAGUUUUGUGUAUCGCUGGUAGGCCAGAAAGUUACAUUUUGGUCUCCUGAGCAGAGCUCCUUCUUCCUGAGGUUUACUGUCUCUCCUACUUGUAGAAAACUGCAGAUGGGACAUUUUUCAACUUUCUUUUAACAAUGGCUUUCAUUACUCCAUAAAGGCCGGAUUUAUGGAGUGCAUCACUAAGAGAUGUGUAGAGCUCUGCAGCUCCUCCAGAGUUACCAUGAGCCACUUGGCUGCUUCUCUGAUUCAAACCACCCUGAUUAAUGCGCUCCUUCCUCCGCCCAUCAGUUUAGCUGGACAGCCAUGUCUUGGUAGGUUUCCAGAUGAUGGAUUUAACAGAGCUCUGGGAGAUGUUCAAAGCUUAGGAUAUUGUUUUAUAACCUAAUCCCACUUUAAACUUCUCCACAGCUUUAUCCCUGACCUGUCUGCUGUGUUCCUUGUUCUUCAUGAUGCUGCUUGUUCUCUAAUGUUGUCUAGAUAACCGCUGAGGCCUUUACAGAACAGCUGGAUUUAUAGUGAGAUUACAUUGCACACAGAUGGGCUUUAUUUAUCAAUGAAAGGGAAUUGCACUGUUUUAUUCAGAGGAAUCAGAUCAAAUGGGGUUGAAUAUAAAUGCACACCAGACUUUUUUUCAGAUUUUUAUUAUCAAAUUGAUGCUGUGUGUCGGUCUUUCCCAUAAAUCCCAUGGACAUAUAUUGGGAGUUUGUGGUUGUGAGGCGAAAUAUGUUAGAAGGCACAGUAGAUGAUCUGCAGUCUGUCUGUGUGGCUGAGCUGAUUAAAUUUCCCUCGUUCAGACCCCUGAUGUUCUGGAUUGAAGCUUUUGUAACAACACACACACACACACACACACACUUACACCCACCAGGUCAUACGUCUGUAUUUGAACUGACAGCUGCCUUACUUUACCACAUCUCAGCGCCAGACAGGACACCAGUCUUAGCUCCUCUGCUCUCUCUGUCCUCUCACUGCUGAACGUGUCCUCGCUCUGUCGGACUGUCUGCGAACAGACCCGGCGAACAGACCCAGGCCGCUACGGCGUAGGGCAAAACAAAAAGAUUCAUCCAAAAACAGUUACUCUCUCAUCCUCUUACAGGCCUCAAAUUUCUCUAUGAAAAACAGUACAAACCUAUUGCUUUAUUUUUAUGAUGUCAGUAUGAAGAUGGAUUAUUGUUGUUUUCUGUUCCUCGUUGACUAAUUUAUCUCUCCACCUGGCAUUACUUUCAUUCAGCAGCUCUACCUGUUGCUUUUUAUGUCGUGAGCAUCACUAUGGGAGGGAAUUGCUAAGCUGACCCCCGAACUUCAUUCCCUGUAUUGAAUCCUUUCCAGCUUUUAGAUUUUUAUUUUUUAUUGUAAUAUAAGUGAAAUGUGUGACAGUAAUUUCAGUACUGACAGAGAAAUACCACCUGGGAUGGAGCAGGAAGGGAAGCAGGCGAGGAUUUUAUUUUAGGGCACAGAAGGAGUUUUUAUCCUUUGUCUUUUAUUGUCAUUUUAAUUUUAUAAUGUUGCUUUUAUCGCUCACUCUUGUAUAUUUUCCUUGUGUUUUGGGUUGUUGUUUUUUUUUUGGGAAGAGGUGUAUGAUUUUAAAAGAGAAAAAGUUGUUUUACUGUGUAAAGAUCUCCCUCUUUCGGUCUGUUCUUUCUCCUCUUUUCUCCCCAGAGCUGUUGCAUAACACCUCACAUGGAGGCAGGAGAGUUAAUACUAUGAUGUAACGUUGAAUUUCUGCGCUUCUUUUAUUGUUUGUUUGUUUUUCAAACUUGUAAUUAAGAUGUAAUCAGGGUUAAUUAAAACCAGUUAAAACCCAA